UUUCAAGUUCCCCAUUAGAAAAUGUGCCUGAUUUGUGACCAGUGCUUGGGAUGUAAAAACUAAGGGGGUAGCUAUGGAGAUAGAGAGCUUUCCUGGCUCCUUUCUUUGACAGGUGUUGAGUGGGGGAACUCGGAAAGAGAAACAAGCAUGUAUGCCAAAGGGAAGGGAUCCACUGUUCCCUCUGAUAGCCAGGCAAGGGAAAAAUUAGCUUUAUACGUAUAUGAAUAUUUGCUGCAUGUAGGAGCACAGAAAUCUGCACAGACCUUCUUAUCAGAGAUACGAUGGGAGAAAAAUAUCACAUUAGGCGAGCCGCCAGGAUUUCUUCACUCAUGGUGGUGUGUGUUUUGGGACCUGUACUGUGCAGCACCUGACAGAAGAGAGACAUGUGAGCAUUCGAGUGAAGCGAAAGCCUUCCAUGACUAUAGUGCAGCAGCUGCCCCCAGUCCGGUAAUGGGCAAUAUACCUCCCAAUGAUGGGAUGCCUGGUGGGCCAAUGCCACCUGGCUUCUUUCAGGGACCACCAGGCUCUCAGCCAUCGCCGCAUGCACAGCCGCCUCCUCACAACCCCAACAACCCCAUGAUGGGACCUCACAGUCAGCCAUUUAUGUCUCCCCGAUACCCUGGGGGUCCUCGCCCUUCACUUCGAAUGCCAAAUCAGCCUCCUGUCGGAGUUCCUGGUUCGCAGCAGUUGUUACCUAAUGCCAUGGAUCCCACAAGACCACAGGGACACCCCAACAUGGCUGGACCAAUGCAGAGAAUGAACCCUCCUCGGGGUAUGGCAGGGAUGGGGCCCCAGAACUACGGUGGUGGAAUGAGGCCCCCACCAAGCUCUUUAAGUGGUCCUGGAAUGCCCGGAAUGAACAUGGGACCAGGGGGACGGGGACCAUGGCCAAAUCCAAAUUCAAAUUCUAUAGCAUAUUCAUCAUCAUCACCAGGAAACUAUGUGGGUCCCCCAGGAGGAGGUGGACCACCAGGAACUCCCAUAAUGCCUAGCCCAGGAGAUUCUACAAACUCCAGUGAAAAUAUGUACACGAUGAUGAACCCAAUAGGACCAGGAGGAAACAGGCCGAAUUUCCCGAUGGGUCCGGGUCCUGACGGUCCAAUGGGAGGAAUGGGAUCCAUGGAGCCACAUCAUAUGAAUGGAUCAUUAGGUUCUGGUGAUAUGGACGGGUUGCCAAAGAAUUCCCCAAGUAACUUGGCAGGAAUGAAUAACCCCCCAGGAACUCCUCGAGAUGAUGGUGAGAUGGGUGGAAACUUCUUAAACCCAUUCCAAAGUGAAAGUUACUCCCCCAGCAUGACAAUGAGUGUGUGAUGCUGCCUCGUCCAUCCUUACCUUGUAACGAGUGCUGCUCGGACAUCAUCUUGAAGAUGUAAUCAAAACAAAUCAAAAAUAAACUGCGGAGUGUUCAAGAAGAGGCCAAGCAUAUUAAACCUGUAAAAUGUAUAGUUACAAUGAAAAGUUGACAUAAACUGAUGAAAAAAAAAAUUGGACUGCUUAUGCCGCCAGGGUGGCCAUCUUCAAAACACUAUGAAGAAACGAACAAGGAUAGAACUUCCCCUUGCAAUGCUGUUUCUUAAGUGUCUUGGUCAUCCUCUAGAUGGCACCAGUUGACUGCACAGCUGCUUAAUGAAUUGCAGUUGUGCCCAGUCGUUAUAGAGAACUGAGAUGUGAAAACUGCAGACUGACUGUACAUUUGAUGUGAGGUACUCUCCAAGAAGUGGAUGUUGGACCUUUUUUGAGAGAAACUGGAACUGUAGCCUCACACAUUUUUGUUUGUUUUUUUUAAAGGGUACUACUUGUGGUGUUUUCUGUAAAUCAAUUCCUCACUCCAGUGACCCCCAUACUAUUGGCAAGUAUGGGUCCACAUCUAGAUCGCAGGGUUACAGAAGGAUGUUGGUAAACCAAAAAACAGUGCAGCUAAGAACUGCAGUAUUCACAAAUGCGCAUACAUAUACUGACUCAGUGUGUUUUUAGCCAAUGUGAGUUUCCAUUUUUAUUUUCUUUGGUUGCACAUUCUGCAAUGGUUGCUGUUCCAGUCCUGUUACAAAAGACGCAGUUUUCCCGUUGCUGCAGUGUGUCUUAAUUUGUGCUGAAUUAAAGUUUACAGGUUCCUGCAAUAGACUGAGUGAUUACAUGAGGGUGUAAUUCAUAUGGUACCUGCCCAUUGAAGACCGGAUGCAGGGCAUGUAUUUCUUGUAAGACAUGCACCCAACAUGCUCAAGUCAAAAGUGUCACAGUUAGGAGGAAAUUACACAUCUGUUUAAUACACAUACAAAUCUAUAUAAAUAUAUUUCAUGAAUUCUGUUAAUCAAAAAAUUGUAAAAACAUCUUAUGUUAUAGUCAGUUAACAUAUUAACUCACACACCAGAGAGUUCUGUUGCCAAAGUGGCACCUUUCAUUUUUACUAAGUAUAUGUAUUAGAAUUUUAUUCUGAUAGCUUAUAACAGGAAAAGUGUAUAGUUUGUAAGAUGUAAUAUGGGGGCAGCGCAUAUGAAUGAAGAUCUGCAAACAGGAUUCUUUAAGAUAGGUUACUGCAUCGCUUUUACUGCUCACUCAAGUAUAUCUUAAGUUGCUACCUCUCAUGUUUUAUACAGGUAUAGGUCAGAUGAUGUUGCAGGGGGGAUCUGUUCCUCUAUAAUAUGUACUUGCACCCCAAAAUGUAGAACAACAGAUAAGUGAAACAUUUGGCACUAUUUGAAGCAUCAUCUACAUUUGUUUGAUGUAUUUUACCACAUAUGGAAUGUGCUGAUUGAUUUUAUCAUUUUUGUUUUACACUGAACUCUUUUAACAACAUAAGUGAUUUCUUUAAUGUUCUGUUAAAAGAUUACCGUCAUUGAUAUCGGUGUGGAAUGGGGAUACUCAUACUGCAGUAACCAGGACUGGAAAAGAUAUUCAGUAAUAGAGCUGAGUUAAAAAAAAAUGUAUGGCCAACUUAAAGAUGAGCACUAUUUCAUGCUUUCAGGCCCAUGCUAUUAAAACCAUGUGAUCGGAGUAUAAAAUUCCAUUGAACAGUAUGCAUCAGGUUUUUUGCCAUGGAGCCAGAAAUACCUGUUUGCUUCUGUUUGUAUGUCAAGGUGGGAUGUUUGCAAUGCUAAAAUGAAUCUGGGAAGUGCAUAAAAAUACACGUUUAACAUUAUGUAAUGAUACAGAUUAACUGUUUGUCUGUGUAGUAUGUACUUUGUUUCAGAAACCAUAAUUAUUCACUUAAUUCAUAAGGUACUAGCUAGGAUUACAUUUCAGAAUGUGGAAAGGAAAGUUCUUUAUGGAGUUUUCUUUCUUCAGAUCACAAGUUAUGACUGAUUCUUGUUACAGGCAUAGGCAAAUGAAAAAUAAGGUGCCAGUAUUUUUUGCAUUGUUCAGUUUGCAGCCAGGAAAUUAUUCUUUCUUUUUACAGACCGGUAUCUGACGAGACAGGAGCAGUGGUCACAGUGAUUUCCUCUGGAAUAUUGGCUAGUAAUGAAUACACUGGUGACCCACUUUAACAGAUUUCACACACUGAGCACCUGCUCUGCUUUUUUUUACCUGUGAUCUGUUGCGGUAGAUGUGCUCCAUUUAUAAAAUAAAUGGAAACAAAAGAGACAGCAGUACCUCACUUAGACAUUCAGACUGUUCAGGUUUUUAAUGGUUUUGCAGUCUGGUUGAACAACUGGGUCUGUUAUAGUUUGUACCCUUUCACUCCUAAAAAUAGGCAUAUACUUGAUUCUUGAUACGGAUUAGUUAUAUCAUUCCAUUUCCUUAAGUUCAGGUUUGCUAAGAAACAUAAAAUAUUUUUUUUAGAAGUAUGCAGGUCUGUCCUUUUGUUUUAAACUUUGCAACCACACAGCACUGAACCCCUACACGGUUUCUGAAACUUUCAGAAACAAAAAGUAAUUUUACAUUUUAGAUGCUAUGCACAUGUAAGCUUUCCUUCUCCAUACUGAAAGUUGAUUCUAUUUAAUUACGUAAUUAAGUUAUGUAUCAGUGGACAUUUCUGUAUUUAAGUCCAUUCUGCUGAGAAGAACAAAAGUGAUUUCUGAAUAUAAAAAUUUGAGACACUGAUCAGUCCAAGUGAAACUAAAAGUUUCUGAUCAAGUCAUAAUGAUCACCACCACCACCCAUGAUGUUGCCUCUAAUUUAGCAAACGAAUCUUGGGUAUUUCUUGCCGUUCUUACUGCAGAUAUGUGGCUAGCCAACUGAUUCAGCAUGGAGAGGAUCUCUGUUUGCAUUCUUCAUAACAGGAAAUUUUAGAAGUUAUUUGAUAACAAUAAACUGAGGUUACAGAAUUAUGCUGAUAUUUUUCAUAUGUCCUCAUUUUUACAUUUAUGCAGGGUUGCAUGAACAAAAAAUUUUUUGUGUUCCAUCAGAUGAAAUGUGUGAUAUCAUGUGAGUUUUAGCUUUUUUCAGCUCUGGCUACUCCCUUGUGGCAUUGACCCUUUUUUUAAUUUGCAUGUCAGAUUUAUGGUUCACUGUAACUCUAAAGAUGGCAUGUUUGUCUGUACCAAAGCAAUUUUAUUUUCUUUUUAACUCAUUACUGAUUAUAUUAUAGCUUUCAUCAGUGGUGUCUACUGCUGCUUAUGCGGGUAACACCUCAUUGCUUGCAAAAUGAGCUGAGCCAAAGUUUUCAACGCCUACUAGCAUUUUUUAUUUCCAGGUUCUUUUUGGUACUUUAUUCCAGUUUUGGGAAGCAAACAUCAAAGACAUGGUGAAGUUACUUUUAAUAUGCUUUGAUAUCUGAUUCCUUGGUGGUGGUUCUAAUGUACGAUCAGUGGCAGUUUGUAACCCGUACUGUGGGACCGGAGAUUCUUUUGGAGGAGUUCUUUCUCAAAUUUCAAUUAAUAGUGCAACAAAGUACAUUCCAUCAAAAGUACAAGUUCUUUUGUAUUAACAAGGGGCAGUGUAAGGAGUCUGAAGACAAAAGUAAUGUGCUUAACAGUUUUACUGUAGAGCAGAAGUGCAGAAAAUUCAAGGAAGCAGAAUCCCUUUUUUUCUCCCCAAUGAUAAUGAAGUCCUUUUAUUUACCAUUGUUUUCCCUCUUGGGAGGGGUAUUUACAGCUUGUUCACAUUCAAGGUAUCUCAGAAGGUUAAUUGUGGGGCAGUUAAGCAGACAAGCUGGUAUGCACAUUUUGAGUCUUUGGUAAUUCCUCAUUUGGCAGGUCAGAGUUCCUGCCAUAGAGUGUGUCUGUGUCAUUAGUAUAUAUGAUAUGCCAUGUAUGUGGAGAGGACGUUACUGAUGUACUGAAUAGUAGCUGCUUUGAUUCCAUAAGAAAUCUACUUAACCAAAUGGCUUCCUAUUGUUUCUGCCUGUCAUAGGCUGAUAGGUUAUUAUGGACAGAGAGCUAUCAAGAAGCUUAGUGAAUUCACCCAAGCAUGAGGAUUAAGCAUGCUUGUUUGCCCUGGAUAAAACAUAGUAAACUAAUCCUUUGCAUGAAAGGACUCCACAGCCCUUCCACAUGGCUUGUGUUGCCCUCUUGACAUGAUUUCUUCCAGGUGUUAGUGAUCACCACUAACAAAUAUGGCAGACAUGAAUAAUUGGGAUGCAUCAAGGAAUGAAAUAUGAAUGUUUCACACUGGGGCAUCCCUUAACUGAUGUCCCAGGCACUCUUUUUUUGGGGUGGGGCUACUUCGUUACAUGCACAGCUUGUGUUGACCAUGCUGUCUUCCAAGUUAAACUAAAAGCUAUGCUGCAUCACAAUCCUUUCUAUGUUGUACCAGUACAAUCAGCAGAUUGUGAAAUGCGCUCUCAUUAGAAGGGUACUGUGCACUAAAUAUUUUACCUCAACUCUCCUGAUGAUAGUUGAAGCUGCUACAGAGCUCACCACUUAACAAGUCUUCAAGUAGCUGUUUUACACUUACCAAAGUCAGUUACAUUACACGUGUAUGGCUGUAAACCAGUUCACUUUCAGUUCAGAUUUUUUCUUUGAUUUGUUUAAUACUAAUUGAUUUCAGUUUAUUUCUACUUAAUUGGAUUUUGACCACUUCAUGCAUUAGAAGGAAACCAUUAAUUUUAAAUAAAUUUAUUUAGCUGUAGAAAUGUUACUCUAAAAAGUCAAACUUGGUGAUUCAGUAUCUGACUGGAGUCCACCAGGCAUUACAUUUUCUGUGGCCAUGAUCCAAAGAUUUUAUUAGUUUCGUCUGCAUCAGUAGCCCACUAAAUGAAGGCCAGGCAGAUAAUAUGCCUGUGCUACUGAGAAGUGCACUAGAUAUACUGUUAAUAUUCACACCUCAGAAACACUUACUACUUCCUUCAGUACUUUUUAUGGCAUGAUGGGCUAGAAGUUAAAAAAAAAAAAAAAAAAAGCCUUAAAGCUGGAGAGUGAAGCUUGGCAAUCUAUCAGUGACACUUUAAGGGGGGUAUUAGUUUGUUGCAAUUUCAUUAGAGUGAAACAAACAAGAGCUAAGGAAUGAAAUUAAAUAAGUACAAAGGUUUGUCAGUGAACCUGAUUUGAUUUUUUUAUGAUAGGCAUCCAUAUUAAAUGUUUGACAGUGUGUAGACCAUCAACUGUAGCAUAGGUCUGUGGCCCUUGCAGGCAACAUAUUACAGCAUUUUAACGUAUGAGCUGUUCUUAGGAAACAUAAAAAUAUAUUUCAUAACAUCACGAAUAUUGAAAAAAAAAACAUGGUCAUUAGUUUAACAAGAUGAGAAUGCAGAAUGAUGCCCCAGCCAAGUAGGUUUGCUGGUCAGUCCAUUUUUCCAGUGCAGAGUUGUUGGCUGCUAAGGCCUAUCCUAGCAAGAAAUGGGCAAAAAGUAUUUGAUGUUCCAUGCAAUGGAGUGUGUGAUAUUGUUUGACUUUCAGCCCCAUACUGGGUGUCAGUCUAUCCAACAACGUACACACACACGUUUUCAAGUUUGCUUGGCAACUCAGACUCAAUCCUUCAUUGUAUGUUUGGAAUGAGUGAGGAAAAUAGAAUGGCAGAUAGAAACCACUAUGAUGAACAUGUGGAGAAUAUGCAGACUCCACAUAGAGUGUACCCCAUAGAAUAGAACCUGGGGUCCUAACACUGUGUGGAGUAGUGCUGACCAAUGUGGCACUACCAAGUUUAAUGGGACAGGAACAUUUACAAGCAGUGGAGUUAGAUGUCUGAUGGAUGAUAAUUGCAUGUGCAUUUUUACUUGGACUCUUAGUGUUUAGAACUCAGCUUACUUAGAUGCAUGAUGUAACAUUGAAAUAUGCUACUUUAAUGAAGGCAUUGCUUUUAAAUUUGGGGUUUGUACAGUCAGUGUUGUGGAAUUGCUUUCAUUACUGUGUUGCUGUGAUGUCCAGCCUGACCCACAAAGGCAAACCAAGCAAGUCUAAGCAUCAGAAGUAUAUGCCUGCUCAAACUGCCCUGCACAUACGCACAAAACUAUACUUGGAUGUAUUUAGUGCCUGUGGCCCGCUUAGUUGCUGCUGUAUGCCAGACAUCAGUCCCCUCAACCUGACAUACUCGGGGAGUAGAAUUGUCAAAAAAAAAACUGCCCCAAAUGGCUUGUAUUGUUCCAUGGCCCUAGAUACUAGCAUUACAUACGCAUUGACCCUACACCAGCAAAUGGACUGCAAGUAGAAACAUGCAGCUGAACAAAAUGAAAGCUCUUUAAUCUGUGAGAUCCCUCUGAGUAUUGUAGUUACUACAUGGCUGCUCUUUCCUAUCUUUUUUUUUCCACCUAGCCCAGAAGUACACAUUUAAAAAUGUAGACAUUUAGUCUCCUGGUGUGCUCUCCAACUCUGCUACUGUAAUUGAGAGGUAACAUUUUGUGAUCUCAGUCUUAAAUGCACACUUCAUUUGCUUUCUUUUUCCACCAUUCUCCCCUUUUCUUUAUUGCUCAGCAUUGUGCUUCUAAGUCAGCCCUAAUUUUGAAGUGCAUGUCCUGUUCCCUCCUUCCCAUGUCCCACUGCCCUGAACCAUUCUUUGUUCCCCAUUCUGUUUACCAUAAUGGGUAGUCCUAUGACUUGCACAGUUGACCUUCCUGAUAUUCCUUUCAUUACAUGGUCUUCAGAAUUGGAUCAAUAAUUCCCAUUAACGUGACUAGUACCAUCUGUAAACUGAGGAUGGUGUCUGUAGUUCUGGAGUUUCAAACCCUGGCACUUCGCCCAGCAUUUCUUUAAAUUUUACAAAAAACAUCUUAAGUUGUGUAAGUCAAUUCAGCCUUAGGAGUGAUUAAACAUUCCUCCCUCUGUCCACCUUCAGUGCAUGCUUUCUAACACCUAAAUCAGCCCUGUUUUCAUCCCUUGAGCAUUUAUACCUUACCUAAACACCUCUGUACUUUUCUACACUGAACUCCAGCUGUCUGUUAUCAGCACAUGUUGUGGGCAGCCCUUAAGUCAUUAGUAAGUAGUGUACUGCUGAUGCUAUCAGCAAGCAUGUUGAUGUUCUGUGUCCCUUUGCAAUUACCUGUGGCACCCAACUUAUUGAUGCUUUUUCUUUCAACCAUUCCUGCACCAGUUGUUGCUUGAGUAUUGGAGCCUAAACGAUUUCCUGAAUGCCUUUUCAGUUUUUGUUCCGUAUGGAGUCUUAUUUUUUAUGUCGGCAUCCUAUAAGGCAUAUUGAUGAAGACUUUAAUGAAUACCAGGUGCAUUACGUCUGUAAGUCUCCUUUCAUCAACAUUACCAGUGAUGUUAUCAUACAAAUACUUUGAUCAUGGCUGUAUGCCAUUUUCCAUGUACUGCAUGUCUUGCAGUUGGGAUUUUCGACAGGUCACCCCCAAAAGAAUCUGCAUCCAGAAGGUCUUGCAGCUUUCUGCAAAAAAUUGUAGUGUGGAUCUCUGGUAUCUUACCUUGAAAAAUACACAUUUUGUGAACUCAAUACCUCACUCCAAAGAUGUUUUUUUUUUCAAUUGUUUGGGCCUUUGCCCUGCAGUAAGUUGUCUAUUUCAAGAAUCGGUCUUCUGUUGUAAGAGUUAAAAAAAAAAGAAAAAAACAGCAAGUAAAACACUGAAAGCAACUGUAGAGAGGACACUCUGAUUAAAGUGAUUUACAGAUGUUUUGAAACCGACCUUAGCACCACAGCAAUUAGUAUAAAAACUUUCCCUCAUCAUCAGGGAACAUUUUCAUCAUCUCAUUAAUAUAUUAAAAAUUAUUUUAAAAUAUGUGGUUUCUUUGUGCUGACAUCAGUGAGGAAAACAAGAACUUGAAUCUCUGUGACGUAGGCAUAGGCUAGACCAUUGUGCAUGCACAAAGGUCCUUCAUUAAAGCCUAUGGACAUAGCACGUUACCCUAUAGUUACAUUACAACUGGAGUAGCUAAAUUGUUUGUGGUAAUUGUUUAAUAAAAAGUUUACAAAGCUUUUUAUUAGAAAAGGACAACAAAAAGUAAAAAAGGGCAAACAGGAAAAUACAUUGUGACAUUUUGACUCAUCAAAUGCUGCAAUGUAUGUAGAAACAUCGGCUUUAUACAGUUGAAGGAAAGAAAUCAUUAUUUGCACAAAAUUCUGUAAGUGUAGGUGGCAUUAUUUUUUUUCUGUAUGCUUUGCACAGGAAAAAGCUGCUUGAAAUUAAAGGAAUGUAUCACAUUGAACAACACAAAGCCCCUUCCCUUCCCUGAACCAAAAGUCAUAGUCUUCUGCCUGAUUGCCACAGGUAGUUACCAUGGAGAUAAUUGUGAUGGUACAGUCAGGAGACAGUUAUCAUCCAGGGAUAGACAACACAGAUAUAUCAGUAAGUACAUUUCUAUUUUUAUUUAUUAUUUUUUUGUUUGUUUUAAAAUACCUUACUUUAAUUUCAUAGAAUGUUGGAAUGACAAAAACUUUAAAAAACUAUGUAGUGAAGUCACACUGUUAACAUAUUUUGUUUGCGUAUCUUAGAUGUACAUGUUUGAAACCAUACCUUUUUGAAAGGAAGUACAUAUUUAGAAGCUCAUCAGUUCAGGAAAGUAUAUACAUUUUUUCAACAAAAUUUCUAGCUCAUUGAUAAGAAGUAGAAACCUUUUGUUUACCCAUUCUUCUGUAUUAGCACAAAACGAAGAACUUGUCUGAUGGAAAUGUGUGUUAGCUGUCCUGAUUCCAUAAAUGAUGUACUGAAUGACUUUUCAGCCUAAAAUUUAAGGUGUAGGGACCUUGUACACUAAGUUCAUCAGCCCAUUUGUACAAGUAGCCGAGGAACCUGGCCUUGAAGGACUAAUACUAUGGAUGAAUUUCACAGGAAAAAAAACAGUAGUAUGGUUAUUUUGGAUGAUACCAGUUGUCCAUUUUACUGAGCUAGCAUGCCUUCAGAAAAAUGCAAGACUUGAUGCUACAAAUUAUCACUGCUACUCACCUUGUAGUGGUUACUUGUUAUGUAUCCACUCCAUUUAUAUUUGAGAAUUUCCCGUUAUGACACGAAUAUCCCAUUAGUUGUUGGUUGCUUCACAGCUAUCAAGAGCAGGGCACGUUUGUGAUCAUUUUUUGUGCAACUGGAUUUAUUGGUAGUCAUUAAUAGUGUUUUUUGUUUACUUUCAUAGGAACAUGUUUUGAAUAAAUGUACAUUUGUGAAAUGCCUGUUUAAAAGGUGGUAUACAAGUAAAUGUACAUUUCUGAAUUAGAUGUAUGAAGGGUGCUUACAAACUGUGUAUCUGCUUCAAACUCAGUUGAGGAUUUGUUAUACAAGGAGCAGGAAAAAUGUAAUGAUGGCACAUGAAAAUGUGUAUUAAUAGAAACCUUUAUGUUACUUUUUAUGAUGUCUAAUUUUUCUUGGUGUAGAAUUGUGCACAGUAAGCUGGCUUCAGUUUCUCCCUCAAGAAAAAAACUUUCUCAAAAGUGAACAGUAGUGGAGGUAUGGAUGGGAUCAGGAGUUACACUAGUACUUUUAGGACCCGACAGUGUUGUACAUAUGAAUACAGAUAUGUCAGAGAAACCAAGCAGGAUAGUAUGAAUGUACCAGAUUCCCCCCUUUCCUCUAGUCAUAUUCCUGAGCCAAAAAGUUAAAUAUUAAUGGACAGGAAUGUACAAGUCUAACUUUUAGUUCUCAUGUAGCUGCAUAUCAUAGAUGUCUAAAGCCAUGCAGACAUGUUGGUUUCAUUGGUGGACAAAGACCUUUAAGUACCACGAGGAUGCUCAUAUUCCAAGGUAAUCAAAAAUAUUGUGCUUCUACUGAACCAGGGCUCUGCUUGCACUCUUCAUUUCGGCACUAUACAGAUGUCUUCCAGGCCAAGGCACUUUAUAGGUUUGUUAACUUUCAGGCUUCUUGGGCAGUUCCCGUUAUAGAAUGCUUCCCUAUGAGCAGCAAAUAGUUUUUUUUUUUUUAGGACUGUGAAAAUACAGGUGUGCAGCACAAAUCAAGCAUGGAACAUAAUCUUAAGUAUUUCUUUCAUACAAAAAAAAAAUAUAUAUAUAUAUAUAUAUCUCAAGGCAUUUUGACACCACCCCCACCCCUCGUUUUCUGUGAGGGUAUCGUAUCCAUAGAUAGUGAGUAUUGCCCAAGUACAGUUAAAAGCAUGUUCUGUUAGCUGGUUCAUCUACUAGUACUUAGUGCAAAGAAAACAAUCCUGGUACAAGAUCACAGCUUUACAAGAUCAUUCUCUAACCCACAUUCUGUUCUUGCAAUGUGAAGCAGACAUUCUGUUCUUAUUGUGCAUUAACUUGUGUUAGGAUAAGACAUCAUACAUUUUAAAUGCAUUAAGUGCAUUGAGGAUUUGAGUUUUUAAUGAAUCUCUGCAUUUCACGUGCACAAUGCAAUCGCGUUCCCCUUACUCUCAGUGUUAGCUGUUGUGUGUCUGAGCAUGAAUCUGUUAAUGGUUCACAUUCUUUCAUCAUGUUGAAUGGACAGAGCCAAAAGACUGUAUCAUAUAUUUAGGAUGUAAGAGUUGGCUGUGAUUAGUUACAAUGGAAUUACGAGUGCAGGUGGGUUUGAAAUGCGCAGACAAUGUGCAUCUUUUUUUUUUUUUUUUUUUUUUUAUACAGAUGCCCUGGAAGCUGAAAUGGUUAAUGUGUAUUUCACGCGGUGGAUAAGAAAAAUCUUAUAUGUGGAAUUUGGAAUGUAGCAGUCCUGCAGAUAAAAACAGGCAUUAUCUAGUUUUGUUUUCUUUGUAGUUGCUGUAAUGUAAAUCCAGGGGUAAAUUUGCGGGUGUCUUUACCCAGUAUUUAUGCUUUAUUUGUAACUGAUCUGGAUAAAAAAGAAUACCAUGCAGGCUCCCUAUCCCUAGGGGCAUGUGUGUGUCUGGGAGUAUUGUAAUAUAAAGAAAAAAGUGCCGAGUCAGAAACCCUGUAACAUAUUGCCCAUUAAACUCUGUACAGUAAUUUUUUCUUAACCCUUUUUAUUUAAGAUUGUGUUAUUCUUCAAAAAUACAUAUGGAAUCACAAUAGCUAGCAGCAGUGUAUAAGCAUUUAAUACAUUUCUCCUCUGUAGUGCAUAGAACUAAAUGGCAUGUAUGUGUAGGUUACUAGAGCCUAGUUACAUGCAUAGGUACAUUGAAGUAUCAUGUGAUCAUCUUGAGGUAGAGCCUGAUGCCAUUUGUAUACAAUAUUGCAACAUUAAAGCACUAGUCUGUACAUCAAUAAAAAGCUUCUAAACUGUACAGUUAGGUUGUUGUGUAUACAUUUUAUAAAUUUCUUAAUCACAUAAGGGAGGUAGCAGCUAUGUAAAUAUGUGGUUACAAAUAAAAUGUUCAUAGAUAUGGUGAAUAAACUAAAUGAAAGAAAAGCAGAUAUGGGUCUCCAAAAAAAUAACAAACAUUCUACCUGGAAUACUUUACAUUGUGGUCAAAAGAUGUUGAAUGGACACCUGUUUGAAACUUGUUUUAUGCAACAGAGACAGGUUUCUUGGAUAGCUCCCUCACACUUGCCUUUGAGGUUGCCAUUACUUUGACAAAAAGUAAAUAUUGUUUUUUUUUCACAAAAAAUCAGGUAUUUGCAAUUUGUGUUCUGCAGCAAAUUUGGAGAAAAGUAUAAUUUUGUCAUUUUUAAAAUUCAGUGCGUUUUUUUUUUCUUUCUUCUUCAUUUGGAGUACUUGUGUUUCAGAAGAGGAAUUGACAUCGGACAUAUAUAGCAGAGGCAAAUUAAACAGCACACUGGUUAAUGUUUGUAUUCUGUAUGUAAAGAAAAGUUUUUGUGUAGUAACAAAGCUGCACCAGAAUUUGCUUUUUUGGUGAAAAAUUGAUUUCACAUAAAGAGUAAAUAUUUUAAA